AUGAAGAAUGAGGGAUAUCCAAAUAUUGGUAAAUUUGGUAAUAUAUUAUAUGCAAUGAUUGAAAAUAUUAAGAAUCCACCAGAUUUGAAUCAAAAAUAAGAAGAUAUUUUUUAGAAGAGGAUUGAAAUUAUGGAUGAAGUAAAAAAUGGAUACACUUUGCAGAAUAGAGAUGAGCGAUAUAUAUGGGAUUGA